UUUGAAAGUUGUAGCUUACGGAUGGGCAAAGAUGUGAAAACUAUAGGUUUAAUUUUAGUAAGGGGGUAGUAGCUCCAAAUAAAUCGAAAGUUAGUAUUUCUGUUGUUAAUAAAUACUCCGCAGACAUGUCCCUGCCACCUGCUAAAGAGUCUGAGCUUAGACAAAUAAUCCAUGAUCAGCUGAUUAAGAUGGAUGUCCAUGGGAGGAUCCGGGAGGUUUUAGCUGAGUCUGUACGUCAGGAACUGGGCCCAGGACAGCAGUUGUCAGAGGAACAGAUAAUGAGGGCAUUGCGGAGAAGAGGAAUCAUUGAUGAUGUGAUUAAGGAGCUCAGUUUCACUGCAGAUAUGUCAGACAAAGAAACUGCCUCUGCACCAAAGCCUCCUGUACAUUUUGUGGACCGUGAACCUGCUGAAUUAAAGAAAGUGAACAUUGAUCCAUCAAGAAGAUAUUUGUACCUUCAAGUUAAUGGUGGAAAGGCUUUCCUAGAACAUCUUCAGGAGCCUGAACCUCUACCUGGUCAGAUUUGCCCUACCUUCAUCUUAUACAUGCACUUCCGAAACCAACGAUUUCGUUCCAAACCUGUGCCCUGUGCAUGUGAGCCAGAUAUUCAGGAUGGGUUUUUACUUGAAAUACAUCGAGACAGUCUAGGUGAUGGCAGCAAGAUGGCAGAUGCAACCACUUUGUUGUCCAUUUGUGAUCCCAUACACAUGGUUCUGAUCAAGCAUGACCCGUCUGGUGAAACUACUCUCCUAGCAUCCCAUUUUUUAGAAUGGCGAUCUGUCUUGAGUUCCCCAGAUGGAAAAAUUAGUACUGCAGUGGAACUGCUAGGCGUAGGCGCAGAGUCCAAAGUUCCUGUUGGAGUUCUUAAUAUUAAACUUGAACUUUAUCCACGACUUAAUCAAAUAUUAAGUCAGGAAAUUGUGAAUACUCAGUUUACUUUGGAGCGCCAGAGAACAGCAGAGAAGGAAAGAUUGUUUCUUGUCUAUGCCAAACAGUGGUGGAGAGAAUAUUUGCAGAUCCGGCCUUCCCACAGUACACGGCUAGUGAAAAUAUUUGCACAGGAUGAAAAUGGUGUGAAUCGUCCUGUUUGCUGUUAUGUAAGACCUGUACGUGCAGGGCGGUUACUAGACACUCCAAGACAGGCAGCUCGAUUUGUUAAUUUGCUUGGUUAUGAGAGAGCACCUGUGGUCGGAGGAGGCGGAAAACAGGAACAGUGGUGCACACUGCUGGGCUUUCUUUGUAGAAAUAAGGGAGACUGUGAGGACCAUGCUACCUUGUUAUGCAGCCUGUUGCUUGGUUUUGGACUGGCUGCUUAUGUCUGUGUUGGAACAAAAGCGAAGGGUGUCCCACACACUUGGGUGAUGACUUGUGGCAUCGAUGGAACUGUCACCUUCUGGGAGAGCUUAAUGGGACACAGGUAUAUCCAUAAGCCUAUUAACCCAGAUGACCCCCCACUUGUUGAGCAACCAAAACCAACAUAUCCAUAUCGAACAGUUGGCUGUGUGUUCAACCACCAGAGUUUCUUUGCCAAUUGUCAACCUUCUGAUGCAGUAGAACUUUCUGUCUUUGAUCUUCGUGAUGAGUCUAGAUGGAAGGCUAUGAGUGAAGAAGCAAUCAAGUCUGUGUGCUCUCCAGGAUCCACUGUGUCACUACCACCUUUCCCUCCUCUCUGUGCCCCUGUGAUUGAUGCAGCAGUAGUGAGCAACGAUAUUGAACUUGAGCUCAGGGCUUUAGUUUCCGCACAUCGAAAGGAUCUGGAUUUGAGUACAGUCUGGGAUGACCAGCUCUCAUACCUUCUGUCACCUGCAUUAGCAGCCUAUGAAAUUGAACGGACCACAGGCAUCUCAGCAGGCAAUGAAGAGUUUCAAGAUGCUAUACGAAGAGCAGUACCAGAUGGUCACACAUUUAAAGGGUUUCCUAUUCAUUUUGUGCACAGAAACGCCAGAAGGGCCUUUGCCACAUGUUUACGGUCCCCUUUUUGUGAAGAAAUCAUCUGCUGUCGUGGAGACCAUGUUCGACUUGCAGUUCGCGUACGAGUGUUUACAUACCCUGAAUCUGCAUGUGCAUUGUGGAUUAUGUUUGCUUGCAAAUACCGCUCUGUACUUUGAUGCAAAUUUAAUGUGAUACUUCGUUGUACAUCUGUUUUCAUUAUAGGGAUUCAUAUAUUUAUUAAUUUGGACUGUCUUUGUGUAUAUAAAGUACUGUGAAGUACUUCUGUUACAGGACAGUCUAGACAAAUGUAUGUUCCCAUCAUGUGGCUUUGGAAAAAUCAGUUCUUUAGCAAUGUGUUUGUAUGGUGUGUAUUUAUGUAUUGAUAUUGCAAAAAAAGAUUUUAAAUAUGUAAGGUAUUUUAUAUAAUAUAC